GCAGGUUGAGUUGAGCAGCUGAGGCGUUGGGUAUUUAGUUGAGUUAUACAGCUGUCUGAGUUUUCUAGUGUGAAAAUGUCAGAAGAAGAAACCACAAGGCUAUUUAGAAUCAGGAGAACUGUAAUGCAAAUGUUGAAGGAUCGUGGUUAUUUGGUUGGAGAUUUUGAGAUUAAUAUGACCAAGGCCCAAUUCAUUGAUAAAUUCGGCGAGAGUGUCAAGAGGGAGGACCUUGUUAUUAAUAAGGCCAAACGAAAUGAAACAUCGGAUCAGAUAUAUAUUUUCUUUCCAGAGGAGCAGAAGGUUGGUGUUAAGACACUGAAGACUUAUACCAACCGUAUGAAAUCAGAGAAUGUAUUCAGAGCAAUAUUGGUUGUUCAACAAAAUUUGACUCCAUUUGCCAAGACAUGCGUUAGUGAAGUAGCAGCAAAGUUUCACUUGGAAAUUUUUCAGGAGGCGGAGCUGCUGGUUAACAUUAAAGAGCAUGUUCUUGUUCCUGAGCAUCAGGUGCUUACAAAUGAAGAGAAGAAGACCUUGCUGGAACGAUAUACAUUGAAAGAAACACAGCUUCCUCGCAUUCAGAUCACUGAUCCAAUUGCUCGAUAUUAUGGGUUGAAGCGUGGGCAAGUUGUUAAAAUUAUCCGUCCAAGUGAGACUGCAGGCAGAUAUGUAACCUACCGCUAUGUUGUAUGAUUUCCCCUUUGCUAUUUAUUUUAUAUAAUUAGUGGUUGGGUAAUUGUCUUAUCACUUGCUUUCAGUUUAUGAGCUC